AUGGUGACAACACCACCAACCAACCAGUGCACCCGCCCAAGACACUGUUACUCUUCGCCCUCACCCUCUUCUGCAGAGACUCAUGGCCCCCUCAUGGGCCGCUACGACUUCCGCGCCCUUCGUGUGCGCCAAACCGCAAAAGCCCUCUUCGACUCAAAACGCAACUCUGACCUGCCGCAAUGGUACGAUGUAAUCGGCAACAUCCCCCCUGGCGAAACCCUUGCCCGCCCCGUUCUACGAGCCCCCAAAGUCCGACACGCGCGCAAAGCCAGCAAGUUAUUCAAGCCACUUGCGAUUGUCUACCCAGAAGACAAGCUGCGAUCAGAGUUCUUUGGUGAUCAUCCCUGGGAGCUGGCACGCCCGAGGCUCAUAGUAGAAGAUAGCGGAAAUGACGCAAAGGGAUAUGAUUGGAGUAAAAUAACACAGCCGGGAAAGCAAUUGGAUGGUGAAAGCGUCGUCCAACGCCAAAUGUGGCUCAUGAAACACGCCUCCCUCUCCAAAGCCUCGGCCUAUGACCAAGCCCGCCGUGAAUUUUACGCCCACCGCCACCGCUCCGAAAUCCGCUCACGCAUCGCCCGCGAAGAAGCCCAAUAUGUUGGCGCCUACUUUGGCAAGGGCCCGCUGGAGAUCGGCAUGGAGCUCGAAGAUAAGAGCUGGGAGUCGUGGAAGUCGUGGGCAUCGACCCAGAUCGACGACGAGCAGGCCAUGCGCGCCCAAAUGUUCAGUGGCGCACAGGAUGAGGCUGCCGACUCGGCUACUGCUGAUCUCAGUGCUACUGAGUUUGAUGAUGUGCUCACGGAGACGCCAGCGAAGAAUAUUACGCCUGGUGCGCCGCCGGGGACGAGGCCGUUUGGGGCUACGGCGGCGCAUGCGUAG